CUCUGUUUAAUUCAUACAAAAAUGGAACAUAAAACAACUCAAAAGCAGAAAACAAUUCAAAAGAGCAAAGGCAACAACAAAAAGACGAAGUUCGUUGGAGUUAGGCAAAGGCCUUCAGGGAAAUGGGUGGCAGAGAUCAAAGACACGACACAAAAGAUACGGAUGUGGCUUGGAACCUUUGAAACCGCGGAAGAAGCUGCUCGAGCCUAUGAUGAAGCUGCUUGUCUCCUACGUGGCUCCAAUACUCGCACCAAUUUCGCUAACCAUUUUCCAAACAACUCUCAAUUGUCUUUGAAGAUCAGAAACCUCCUUCACCAGAAACAGAGCAUGAAACAACAACAGCAACAACAAAACAAACCCUUCUCUUCUUUUGCGGAAGACAGCAUCAAUUACACUUCGCCUGCUACUAGCCCCAUGGCCAGCACCACGACCACAGUGAUGCCGUUCUGUGAUGUGUACCGCCCUGAGUCAUCAGUUUUAUUACAACAAGAAAGUGUCCACCUUCCUUACUCUUGUCCCUUUGUCUCUGAACACAACCAUCAGGUUCCUUUGACUCAGGGAGAUGCAUAUGGACAUCUCAACAAUCCAAACUCAACCGAUCAACAUUUGGGUUUAGCUGAUUUCGAGAGACAGAUCUCUGCAUCCCUAUAUGCAAUGAAUGGAGCUACCUCUUACUACGACAACAUGAAUGCAGAAUAUGCGGUUUUUGAUCCUACUGAUCCCAUUUGGGAUCUCCCUUCACUCUCUCAACUCUUCUGCCCUAUAUGA